AUGAGCCAGUUAUUGGACUGUUGCCACGAGAGCAUUUCUUCGUCAUCACUGUUCAUUUUGUUGAUCAGUGUCGUUGGUGCCUUAUCCCAAGCAUUGACAAACCCACCUGGUAAUUCUACAGAAAGUCCACACAUAAUGAAUCAUACCAAAGCUGUGGCAAACAUCGGAGUUAUCCUCCCUUUCAAUGACAGAUAUUCUUUCAGCAUGCGGAAGCUUGUUCCCACUAUUGGAUUAUCACAGAAGUAUCUAGAAGAACGUUCUAUCACCCAUGGAAUCAGUUUCAACUUCUACUACGGUGACUCAAAGUGCAGCGAUAAGGAUGGUCCACUCGCUGCGUUUGAUUUCUAUUACGACAAAAAUGUCAACUGCUUUAUCGGUCCAGUAUGCGACUUCAGUCUUUCUGCAGUGUCGUCGUACGCUUCACAUUGGUCGCUUCCAGUGCUAUCUCCCGGAGGUCUGAGCCACAAGUUUGGAGUGGAUAAACUCCAAGAUUACUCAACUCUUACUCGCGUGGGCGUCACUUUGGAAACAUUUGCUCUCAGUUUCGUGGGCAUCAUGAAACAGUUCAAGUGGACUAAGAUGAAAGUCCUAUACGAAGUGGACAAAGGGGAGAUCCAAUUUUGUUAUGCCCUGAAUAGUGCACUGAUUUACACGCAAAGUAAGACUGAUAUAAAGGGGAGCAACUUCAUGUUGAAAGACCCAACAGGGCUGGGGGAGAGCGAGGAGGCCCUGAAAAAGGUAGCAACGAAGCUAAGUGGUAAGUAG